GUUACGUGCCCUGACGUAGUUCCUCGUUGAUGACGGUGGCAGACAGCCUCGGUGUGUGAGGAGGAGUUCCUGCUAACACAAGAUACAUUUUCCUACGAGCUGCUCAGGAAACACACAAGAGCAGGGAAAUAGACGAGUGACACCGAGGCAUUGUGGGAAACCUGUGAGCUGUACGUGAACUGACGCUGCCCCUCGAACGACUCUCACGGUUGUUUUGGAGGCCUGUUGCUAACUACGGGAAAUCCUCGGGCUAGCCCCGGUGGUCACUGGGCCGAAACAGGACGCGGAGGACCGGGAGCUGGAGCCCCGUGGGCUGGUUCAGUCGACGCUAGCUGCUCCAUCUUUACUGUCAAAACGUAGACGUAAGCUCCCCUGCUCCUCCGUGGUGGAUAUAAAUCAGCGUAACUCGAUACGAUGCCAGUUUGACAGCUAGCUAACAUUAGCUCUCCUGUGUUUACAAGCUAAAGCUCAUCUGGAGAAGUGGCCACUGAGGUGUUUUUGCUUCAGUCGGGGUUUCCAUGUUUGGCCUCUUUUCACCUGUCUGCUCGCUGGUGGUGAUUUGAGAACUUGUUGAGCUGCUGUGUCCUCGGACUGAAGGUCGCCAGCUCGAUCAGAAGGUUUCUUAGCUAAGGUUAUCACAUCCCCAGGCUUAUCUGCUGCAGCGCAAACUUUGUUGGCUGCUUGGAUUGUGAGGCUCAGUCGAGUUUCUUUGAUUCCGUGAAUGUUAGAUACAGAAAAUCAAAUGUAUUGUUAAGGUUUAAACACACGUAUCGAUAUCUAAUGCGAAGACGAACGUGUUUGGUCAGAAGGAGAACAAGUUUACUGAUUUGAUUAUUGGGACACAGCUGAACCACAGUAUCCCGGAUGAAGGCUCACAGAGAAGUGUGGGGUUUGAUGCUGUCAGGACUCCCAGGUGUCACCUGCUGUGCUCGGCAUUGUUAAUCUCACAGCACCAACAUCUGCUGCUUCAGAGGGAAUCCAUCUGCUGCUUGUGUCUCUGUCUUGAGCUCAACCAGACCACGAUGAAUCGCUACCUGCCGGUGGCCCGGCAGCACUUCCUGGCUGCUCUGGCCAGCACCAGUGUUGUGGUGAAGACCAUCAGUGCCGUGGUGGUGCUCCUCUACCUGCUGUCAUGGGCCGUCGACACUCCGUACACGCUGGGGGUGACCCCCGGGUACCUCUUUCCGCCCAACUUCUGGGUGUGGACACUGGUGACCCACGGGGUCGUGGAGCAGCACGUCUGGGGCGUGGCAGCCAAUGUGGGGACAGUUAUGGCCUGUGGCCGCCUCCUGGAGCCUCUGUGGGGCGCUCUGGAGCUCCUGAUCUUUUUUGCAGUGGUUAAUUUGUCUGCAGGCCUCCUGGCUGGGCUCUCCUACCUCCUCACCUAUGUGGCCACCUUUGACCUGGACUUCCUGUUUGCUGUGCGGGUCCAUGGAGCAGCUGGGUUCCUUGGAGGUGUCCUGGUGGCGUUGAAGCAGACCAUGGGGGACACCACGGUGCUCAGAGUGCCACAGGUGAGACUCAAAGCAGCACCAGCUUUGGUCCUCCUCCUCUUGGCCUUACUGCGCCUGUCUGGUCUUCUCUACAGCUCUGCCCCGCUGGCUGCGUACAGCUACGGUGCACUGUCUGGCUGGGUCUACCUGCGCUUCUACCAGAGGCACAGCCGGGGCCGCGGGGACAUGUCAGACCACUUCGCCUUUGCAAGUUUCUUCCCUGAGGCACUGCAGCCCGCUGUGGGGCUGCUGGCGGGGCUGGUCCACUCUGUUCUGGUGAAGAUGAAGGUGUGCAGAAAGAUGGUGAAGAGAUACGACGUGGGGGCGCCCUCCUCCAUCACUAUCAGCCUGCCAGGGACUGACCCACAGGAUGCAGAGAGGAGGAGACAACUGGCCCUCAAAGCUCUGAACGAGCGUCUAAAGCGUGUGGAGGACCAGUCUGCCUGGCCGAGCAUGGACGACGAGGAAGAUGACGAUGAGGACGAAGUCAGAACUGACACACAACCACUCCUCCCAGGUGGGCAAGACCCCUCCUCCUCCACACUGAGACCAGCAGGGGGACUCAUCGGCGCCUCCACCUCAUCAUCCUCAAUGUCGCAGAGCGGUGGAGCAGCAUCCACAGGCGGCACACAACACCCAGAGUCCAGCAUUAUCAGCUUCGAGGAUGCACCUUCUAGAUCGUAACAAACGGAACGUAUGUGUAUGGAUCCGCACGCUGUGUUCUGUGUCACUAGCAGGUACUAGCAUUCACUGUCUCUGGCUAGUAUACUGAUAUAUUUGGUGACAGUGAUUAGGCAUACACUCUGUAUCACACACACACACACACAAACACACAACAUCUUUGACGACCAUGCGCUCACACAAACACUGUCAAUGUCAUCGUGAAGCCCAGAGAGGUGGUAACUGUACAGUGCUUUCAGUUCAGCUGUUUGGUUGUUAACACUCAGUGUAUUUGGGCAAAUUGGACACUUUAUUCUUCUCAUCCUUUCUGCAUCAUCCAGAAAUUCUCUCUUGUCUGGACUUUAUCCCAACAGCAGAGCUCUGUCUGCUGCAAACUCCCUGUGUCUCUUUCUCUUGGUUCCUAAAUAAAUAACAAAAUGUUUGUACAAUAUUCUUUUUGUAAGUCAUUUUCAGAGCAGCCAUAAUUGGUCUCUGAUUGCCUGCUACAAGAAAGUCGUCAGCGACAGAGACUUGUGCCGAAUUUUUGAUUUUUGCUAAAAGGCCAACUCUUUUCACACACUGUUGUGAUAAGUGCUAAAAAAUGGCUGCACGAGACAUUAGCGUUUGUUUGUUUGGUUCCAAAUAUGAAACCAGAUGUGUAACAGAGGAGAAAGUGUGAAAAGCAUGUGCUUGCUCAGCACCAGCUGCUGUACCAGAGGAAAGAAGCUGCUGCAGGUCUGACCUGCUGAUGAACUUUGAUUACAAACCUCAAGAUUUGAAGAAGUGCCAGGGGAAAGAAUUUUUCAAACCAGGUUCAAUUGCUGCCUGGUGUCUCUCUGGAACAGCAGGCUGAGAAAUGGACUCUAUAUCAGUUUUCUUUUGGGUUUUUUAUUUGUUUUUAUGGCCCAGAUUGAUGCUCAGUGGAAGUCUUUCAAUGAAAGUUUGGUAUUUUUAUCUUUUUUUUUUCUCCAACAAAAUCAAAAGAAACUAUCAAACCUUGUUUCUGUGCAUUAACAAGACAUGUAAAUGGUGUUACUCUCACACAGACGAUGGGGAUGAUUUUGAUUCUUCUUGUUUUAUGAGUUCAUUAUUUUUGUAAGUUAAUUUCAGGCCUAACCCUGGAGCACCCUCCUGCAACCUUUUACACUUCCACAUCCCACGAUCAGAAAUGAGUAAUAGAUCUUGAGUUGUCUGAGUGGAUAUGAUUAAGAGAAGUGUACAGUGUCUGUCAUGGUUGUAUUGGUCAUUUGGCUCAAAUGCAGAGGAGGGAUCAUGGGAAGAUUAGAUAACAGCCUGUAUCCACAGUGUGCUGGUAUUUUUAAGGAUUUAAGUCACAAUGAUCAGAUUCACAGUUUGUAUUUGUAUCUGUGAUGUGUCAAGAGGAGAAAUGACUUUAUAGACAGAAGAUGCCUGUGUUGACCAGUAGUCGUUCUGGUUCAGGUCUCUCAAUCACAUCCUUUGCACUUGUACAUCUCUCAUUUCUAAAAUGACAGUGCUACACUGAAGGCGACGAUGAAUAAAUUCACUAUGGAGGUUGAGGGGCAGCUAAAUUGUUUAAUCUAAAAUGUUUCAUAAAUUCCAAACAGUCAAAAAGGUCAGUGACACAUUUUUUUUCUGAACUCAAUCACUGUACAUGUCUGGUUUUAUUACUGUCACAAAUCACAUUUUUUAAAUUCCAAUUUCCCUUAUGACCUUGUUGAUUAAAGUCAGCUGCAGCCAGUAAAUUAUUUUACACGUAGCAAUCCCGGUAAUGGGAAACUGAAGCAUUUAUUAACAUUGUGGUCACAAGGUUGAAAUAGAUUUUAUUGGAAUUCCCAAGUUGUCAGGAAAGUGAAUAUGCACCUCUGCUGCACAUAUUUCGUAUAUAACGUGAAAAAUCAACAAGCUCAACAAUUUCUUUUUUCUUUUUUUUUUAUAUUUCAGACUUAAAAUGCAGAUUCAUGUCACCAGGCCCGAGAAGCUAUUUGAAAUGUAGGAAUAACAUACAUACUGUUACACGUGAGAUGUAUAGUGGUUAUGUUUAUUUUACUAUUUAAUGUUAGUUUUGUGGAGAAUAAUCUUGGAGUGGCCUUACUGAUCACUUUAUUUCCCACCAAUUUAAAGAGUAUAAAUAUUGACGAACCAAAUCAAAUAUAAGACACAGCAGGUUAUUUGUGGUUAUUUAUGAUCGUCAUGCUGUCAUUUAUUUACCAGCAGUAUAAUCUUUAACAUGAGCAAAAUCUUCUCCUCCUGUCCUCUCUGCAGUAGUAGCCUGUGAUUUGCAAAAAACAAAAUGACAGAUCACCCUUGACAAGGUAGCACUAAAGAGAAAUCCCCUGCAUCCAGAACACUGUAGAACUAAAGACAGUGAAUGCAUUUAAUUUGUCCAGUUAGACUCAAUUCGAGGAGCAUGUUCCCAGAUGGACAUUUUCAAGUACUGGCAAUUCAGAUUAAAUGUGAAGAGUUUUGACUCUUGGAGUCCAAGCAAUGGAAGAGAGUUUCUUUUCACCUGAUGGGAUCAUGUUAUUGUUGGGAAGUGAUAAGCCAUAUUCGAGUGAUGAAACUCUGUGUGUUCUGUCCUGUGUUUCUCCUCUUUUCUCCUGCUCAUUCCACUGUGCUCUUACUAGUGGACGUUUACAUUGGAUGAGUGGGGCCAGUAAAUAUGAAUGAGUAUUAGUAUUGAUGAAUGGACGCAGGGAUGAGGGACGUGUUUUCGGACUAGCCCCAGCUUUAAUGUGGAGAAGGUUUGAUUACAGUCAUAUAUCUGAAAUCUCAAUCUGUUUUCACAGUAGACAUGAAGGAAGAGUGUCAACAACCCUCUAACAGUAACUACAUAAUGCAACAGUGCAGUCACACUUGCAGUCACACUCUGGUGAUGUUUUUUUAACUCAGCUGCUGGCAGAACUCUCACAUCACAUGAUAAACAUCUACAAUGCAGCGAAACCCAUUGAAACAUGGACGCAUGCAGAUUACUGUGUAGUUGAAACAUGGCCAUGUGAACAUUGAAGUUGGCAGUCUGAGGUUUCAGAUUGAGUCUGGCUAAUCUGACAUUCAGCCAAAUCCUCCACUAUCGGUUCUGUCAUCUUCAGUUUUUUUUUUCUCUCUAUUCUUGUUUGUUCUGGCUCUGAACGCCCUCUAAGAUAAGUUAGGAUUGCAAUCACAUUUGAAUCAUUGAGAUGUUUUGAUACCAAAAAACAUAAAAAAAACAUAUUUUGACAGCUGCAUGCUACCAGCACUGUAUGGAAGUGAUUAUUGCUGUUGUAUGGCGUGGCUCAGGUUGGACAUUGGAAAAAAAAUACAUGGAGAAAAUGUCGUAGAACUUCUUUAUUAUUUAGUUUGACAGUCAAAACUGAAAAGAAAAUCACAAAUAAAUAAAUCUAGGAAAUUACAACAGUUUCCUCCUUUUAAAAAGCUGGAAACUCAAUACAUGUCUCUAACCCUUCUUUACCUUUGGGACUUUUCAGCAUAAAAUAUUACAAAAUUUACAUUUUAUCUAGCCCUGGCUAAAGCUACCGGAAAUCACUUCCUCUCCGCUGCUCUAAAAACAUAACAGUUUGCCAGUGGCAGGACAGCUGCUGUUCCGGAGUGGUGAAGUAGAAGUAAUUAUUGAGAUAAGGAAAUUGCUGAUGUUUUAUCUGACUGAAACUAAUAUAGAUAUAAGACAUAGUAUUGGCAUUUCCAUCAGCACCGGAUGCAUUUCCCAUGCUAGCAUUGGUAUCGGAACAUUUCUGUUGAGUAAUGACACUGUACACUUGGUGUAGACAAAGUAUGAUGUCAGUGAUGUUGGCAGCAGUGGUCAUUACGCUGCAGUGGCCUAUCAGCAUGAGCCAAAAUCCUAUCAUUGCAAUUUAGUGACAGACACUGUUUUUCCCCCAUACAUUGGUGUCAUGUCUUAAAUGCAGAACAUUCUACUUUUUUUUUUUUUUUUUCUAGUCUAUUUGGUAAAAUAGCGGCUGUGGGGUAACACCAGCGUCAUGGUUUGUAGAUGAAAGCUGUGCUCCUGCCCUCAUUUUCUUCCUUUUCCUGUUUGCGAAACUGGACAUUCACAGCGUUUUUCUUUUUAAAAUAUUUUUCUGUACUUUUCCUCAUGUUCCUACUUUUGCACCAAACAGAUCUUGUUCACACUAAUGACAGUUUUGUUCUUUCUCUGUACUGUGGCUGUUCCACAGGCUCUAAGGUUUUAGUUUUAAGAUAUAUUUCUUUAUCUCUGUACGAAAUAAAAGACGAUUGUAUGAAAAUAAAAA